AUGCUGACGGGAAGGAUUGUUGUUCAGCUUUUCAAAACCAUUCACAGGGGCUCCCUCUCCUCCCUUCCCGCCCGGCAGGAGACGCUGGCCAACCUGGAGCGGCAGAUCUACGCCUUCGAGGGCAGCUACCUGGAGGACACGCAGAUGUACGGCAACAUCAUCCGCGGCUGGGACCGCUACCUCACCAACCAGAAGAACUCCAACAGCAAGAAUGAUCGACGGAACAGAAAGUUCAAAGAAGCUGAGCGCCUCUUCAGCAAGUCCUCAGUCACCUCGGCCGCUGCAGUCAGCGCACUAGCAGGAGUUCAAGACCAGCUCAUUGAAAAACGAGAGCCUGGGAGUGGGACCGAGAGUGACACUUCCCCAGAUUUCCACAACCAGGAAAACGAGCCAAGUCAGGAGGAAGCGGAAGAGCUGGAUGGCUCCGUUCAAGGCGUCAAGCCUCAGAAAGCCGCUUCUUCCACCUCCUCAGGCAGCCACCACAGUAGCCACAAAAAACGGAAGAACAAAAACCGACACAGUCCGUCUGGCAUGUUUGAUUAUGACUUUGAGAUUGAUCUCAAGUUGAACAAGAAGCCCCGUGCUGACUACUAGGCUCCUCCGCAGUGAAACUUCCGGGAUUGGUCCCUCUCCCCCACCGUAGUCCAGGCCAAGAGACUGAAUAAGCACAAUGCCAGCUCCCUCCUAGACCUGUGUACCUACUCUUGCUUGUAGCCCAGACCUGGUGGUGACAAUCCCUGGCUUCCUGGUACGUCUCGCUUCUUUGCUGAUUGGAAAUCGAAGCCCUCUUCUCAUUGGCCACACUUACCAUUUCAUCACGUGUGUAAAAGAACCCUUGGGAGAUGCUCCUGUCGAUGUUUCCUCGUGCCACUGCCGCCUCUUGAUUGAGUGAUUGAUAUUUUUUUUUGGUCUCAUGUAUGUUGGAUGGUCGUUGGUUGUCUUUUUAAAAUAAAUCUUGGUAUUUAAUUUUC